AUCGAACACAAACACGAACCCUAACAUUUGGGGAUUUUUCGAUUUGAGCACCACGAUUCACUAAUUUCGUUCUUGUUUCCAUUUUGAAAAUUUGAUGAAGAAGAAAUGGACAAUCACAAUGAAGAACCAAAAAUCGCACCAGAACCUAAUCGUUGGUACAACAUUACGUUAGGACCAACACUACUCAACAACAAUCACUCAUACUCUCCCAAAUUCUGCACUUUACGAUAUGAGUUUAAACCUGCUUCAAUUGACAGUACUAAACCAGGAUUGUUACAUAAGAGUAAAGACAAUAAGGUUACGUUGGAGUUUCAAAACAAUCAACUUAAUAAACCAAAAGUUAGAUUUGAUGGUGUUAGUGAGGAUUACAAUGACAGAGAUAAAGAUGCAAUCCUCUUCUUUGAUGGCGAAAAUUUCCGAUUGGAGAAGCUUCACCGCUCUGUUAAGCGUUUAAAAUGCUUACGUGUGCCUGAUGAAUCUGCUUCAGCUAGUAGAGUAGUAACAAAGAUUGUUCCUCCAGUUGAAAAACCGGUUAAGAUGGCACAUAUUGACAUUAACAACCCUGUAGACUUUGAGGAGGAUGUGAACAUUGAAGAUGACAAUGAAGAAGAAACUUUAUCGAGAAAGGAGUUUCAAACGGGUGGCCUUGACAUUGACAUUAACCUUCCGCAUCCUGCUGAAAUGGAAGAUGAUGAGAUAGCAGUUGUAGACAUUAAUGAUGACGAAUCUUACAAAGGUCUUAACGCGGCAGAAGCACUCAGAGCGCAAGUAAAUGCAGAAGCGAGAGAGGAGUCUCGAAAGAGUUCGAGUUCAGGUAGCGGGAGAGAAAGUGAGAGUAGUGAAAGUGGAGUUGAGAGUAGUGGUAGCGGUAGUAGUAGUACCAGUGAAAGCAGAAAAAGCGGUAGUGAAGGUGGAACCGCUAGCGAGAGCGGAAGCCGAGAUAGUCUCUAGGUCAGCAGUCAGCUAUGUAUGUAUAUUAUAGUGUUUGUCAUUUUCAUGUUAAAUCUUCUUGUCUUGUCAAUAACAUAGGGAGAUAUAGUAAAACAGUCUACAAAAGUUAACUACCUCAUUCUGGUUUGGGCGGUUUACAUGAUAUCUUUGGGAGCAAAGGCUACAUUGAUCUCACAGGCCACGGUUGCAUCAGCUAAGGUCAAUCAUCGUCCAAGGAGACAUCGGACAUAUAAUAACCAGAUUGAAGAUGUAGAGGAUUAUAUGAUAAGCAUUAAGCACAUAUAAUUAAAAGUUUUGUUAGCAUUGCUCACCGUGUAAAGACUGGAACAGGGUUUGUGGUUGGCACGGACGUGAUUGUAGAGAUCAUCAAGUGAGCUGGUAUAGUUGCAGUCACGCAUUGGGCAUGAAUAAUGUGCAAAAAGACACAGAUCCUCAUGCUUAGAGAGAUUUGCGUAUGAGAUAGUCUCUUUACACCCGUAAUUGGCAUUUGGACAUGGCACUAUAGCUGCUUCAAUGACUUUCUCCAUGGCUCUGCAACGAAUUUCUUUCCCAACCCAUUUUUGACAGGACGGGCAAAUGUUCUUAAUUUUAUUCCUGCACGGAGUACAAGCUAGAUGACCAUUAAUACACUAUAGGAAGUUGAAGAACCAG